AUGAGUUAUCCUGCUUUGAACCAAGACAUGAUUUUAGAGAUUUUCUCUUACUGUCCAGCUUCAACAAUUGCAAAAUUCAGAUUCCUAAACAAAGAUUACUACAAACGAAUGUCUGAAUCUUCGUUCGUAAACCUUAAUCUCCUUAGAACCAAUUCUAUCUUUGGAGUUUUUCUCCAAUACCAAUCAUAUCCUUCAAAUUUUAAUUCAAGUUUUGUCCUUGCCGGAGAUGGAGAAGUCUCGCUUGACUUUCUUCCGAUGGAGAAAGUAAAGAUCGAAGCUUGUGAUCCAAGUCAAGGGAUUUUGCUCUGUGUUGUUUCUGUAUGUUAUGGAAAAAAAUUGUACCUCGUUUGUAAACCAACCACAAGGCAGUACCGUACUAUACCAACCCCGGAAACCGGAUAUUGGACCGAUCUACAUUUUCGAGCUAUUUUAUCCGGUUUGAUCGUGAUUCGGACAAACCCUUUAAGGUAUAAGAUUGUCAAGCUAUCUACUAAAUUCAAGAUAUCAUCCUCAGAGAAAGAUCAUGGCUACACACUCAUAUGCGAGGUCUUUGAUUCUGAUUCGUUUGCAUGGAAACGAUUAGACGAUGUGAAACUACCAAAAGGCGAAUUUCUAACGAUUUCAAGCGUACCGGUAUCAAAUAAUCGGUUUUUGCAUUGGUUAACGACGUCGAAAAAAAAUGUGUUCCGGUUUGGUAUGGAAACCGAAAGAUGGUCUCUCCUCUCACUUCCAAACGAUGUAGAUAGCUCUGAUCGUAUAAUUUUAGCAAAUCACGAGGGUAAGCUAGGCAUAAUAGUUUGGGAGCGUAAAAAUGGAGAAUAUUUUACAGGGACUUGGGUUUUGGAUGGUCAUUUUGGCAAGUCGUGGGUGAAUGUGAAAGAAGAGAAAAGUAUAGUGGAAAAAGGUAAUUUAGUUAAAACUUUGUGGUUUCCUCGAAGCAACGACGUCGUAAUGAUUGGUGGUUUUGAUUGGAUCGGUCUUUACGACGUGAAGACUAAUCGUAUGAAAUCUGAGCGUUUCAAGGUCACUCUUCCUUGUUCGUUUGGUAGUUGUUGUUCCGUUGCUUAUUUCCCUUUUUACUCUGACCACGACAGACUUGAUUUCAACGAAGAUGAUGUUAAACCCUAA